UGCAUUAGUAACUUAGUAGUUGGUUUUGGAGUUCAAUGUUAUUUCUUGUCCUUUUAAAAGACUGCAUUUUGCACAUACGUACUGCAUGGGAUUACUUUUUUAAAUUUGCCUUUUUAUUGUAUGUAGCAUUGCAUUAAGUAUUUUAUAAAAUAACGUAUAACUUUCAAAUAGUGAUUUUUGAGUACAAAAUACAAAAAUAUGUAUUAAAUUACUUCAAUGAACUGUUUCUGUGGAUAGAUAGACAAUAAGGUCACAGGCAACUAAACUAUAUGACAUUUCCCCAGGGAUCAAUAUCGUGCCAGUUUCUAAAGGACCACGCUCAGCACACGCAGCACCAGUUGAUGGAAAAAUAUUUCAGACCUUUACAUCUUCAUUAAAGACACCGGUGGAGUUAAAGGGCACAAAUCUGAAAUGGGCGACCAUCAACAAAAAGACCACAGGCACGGAAAGACCGCUUCCUCCAAAUCUAAACAAAUGAAGGCCCAUCACCAACAUCAAGGCCAUCGUCAUCACCAAAAGCUCCUUCAGUCGGAUGACAAUGAAAGCCCUGACACCCAAUCAACAGCAGAGGACAGCAUUUUCACUGAUCAUCCGCCCGACCAUCAGCGUGCUGAGGACAAGACUCAUCACCAUCACAAGCACAACCAUCGUCAUGCUUCUCUUUCAGAAUCGUCCUUGAGUUCCUCCUCUGGUUCCUCCUCAUCUUCAUCCUCUUCUUCAUCUUCUUCACCUUCAUCAUCAUCAUCAUCAACAUCUACACCGUCUUCUUCUUCUUCCUCCUCCUCUUCCUUUUCUUCCUCCUCUUCAAAAUCAUCCUCUUCCACUAGCCUUUCCUCUGACACCAGCAGUAAGUGUUCAGAUAGACAUCAAAUUCAGAAGCAUUCACAGUCUUGCACUGACAUUUCCAAGAAGUGUUUUGAAGGAGACGACACAGCCCCUCUGAUAAAUAAAAGAGGUAAUCAAAACAGGCUCUCUGCCAAACAAAGAAAGGAGAAAGACAAGUCCUCUCAGAGUGGCUCCACCCAGGGCACCCUAAAGAAGAAACAGAGGGCUACAAAAGGCUUAGGAAAAGAUGGGAGUUUGCGCAAAGCAAAAUCAAUGGAGGCUCUCAGUAGACCCAAAAAGAGAGACUUGCAUGGAAAAGAAGAUGGAACUGAACAUGAUAGGCACAAAGGUGAAGCUACGACGAAUGUAAUGAAGGAAAAAAAGGAUUUCUCUGCCUUUCUGAAUGAGAUCACUCGACAGGUGCUCAGCCCGAUGAGACUCACCACUCUUGGGGUAACAGAUGCCAAAAAACCAGGACAUGUCUCUGUUAGAUCAAGUAGGGCAGCUAACACUGAGACAAAUAGACAGCCAAGGAGUCGGAUUGUCAGUAGAGGCUCAGUUACCUCCAGCAGGUUCUCCCGUAGCAGCAAGCACUCCGCUCGUCUUUCUCACUCUCAAGACCAUAGACGUCACCGCUCUACAGACUCACCCCUUAACUUGAGUCGCUGCCAAUCACCAUCUAAUGAACACUACCAUCACCGUCACCAUGGAGACCAUCACAGUUCUUGUCAUCAUCAUCACCACCAUGCUAACCGCAACACCCAACGUUAUGACCAUCAUCACAAAACUCCCCAGAAAACAAGGCACCACCAUGGGACCACUACAGCCCAAACCAACACCAUGGAAAGCAUCACAGUGCGACUCUUCAACAUCACCGAGGCAAACAUCGUAGCCCUUCUAGUCAUCAUCACCAUGGCCACCAGCAUGACCAUGCUCAUCACCAUCACCACAGUUUAA